AUGCCCCCCAGGACAUUUAAAACACGCGUCUUCAUAGCUACAAGUCUAGACGGCUACAUUGCGCGCGAAAACCACGACAUCACAUGGCUCACAUCACCACCCAAAAACACCCAUCACCUUCCUCCUACAUCACCCAGAAGAGUGGACACAAUUGAGCAACACAUGUCUCGCGUAGACUGUAUGAUAAUGGGUCGCAGAACUUACGACUUUUGCAUUUCUCUGCCUGAGUGGCCAUACGCCAAGAAACGAACUUUCGUUCUUAGUAGGAGUAUGGCACCGGGAGCUUAUAAGGCUAAAGAUAUUGAAGUGGAGGUUGUAGGGUCGUUGGAUGAGGCAAAAGAUGUGUUUGAGAGGGAAAGGCUAGGUUGUGUGUAUGUUGAUGGGGGGGAGGUUGUCACUGAGUUUUUGAGAAGGGGUUGGGUUGAUGAGAUGGUUGUGACAACUGCGCCUGUGCUUUUAGGCAAUGGUAUUCGCUUAUUUGGGGGAUUGGAGGAGGAUGUUAGGUUCACACUUGUGGGGGUGGACGUUAUUGAGGAGGGGAUGGUUUCGGUUCAUUAUACUGCUGUAAAUGCUAAGGAUAGAUAG